AUGACUGACGAUAAAUAUUUGUACCAUAAUUUACUUUUGCAGACAUCCGAAAAGUUAAACAAGAAAAUACAUCGUCUACCAGGCGUUUCUGACUGUUUAUCCCUAUAUGAGCUUGGCUAUGCUGAAGACGGUGUGUAUGUUAUUCAACCGAAGGAAGGUGUUGAUAUUGAGGUGUGGUGUGACAUGUCAAAUGGUGGAUGGACAGUAAUUCAACGCCGUCAGGAUGGAUCUGAAAACUUUUAUAGAAAUUGGGAUGAAUAUGUAAAUGGCUUCGGGAACACAACAGGCGAGUACUGGCUUGGUCUUAAGUACAUAAACAUAUUAACUACAAUUGGGAGUGCACUUUAUAUAGAAAUGGAAACGUUUGAACAUGAUAAUGUAUCACCCGCAUCAGCUUUUGCCGAAUAUUCCACAUUUAAGGUUAAUGACGAAACUGAUAAAUAUAGGUUGACAGUUGCAGGAUUUUACGGAAACUGUUUUGAUUGUUUAAAUGCUCAUAACGGUGUAAGAUUCACUACAUUCGAUAAUGAUAAUGACUUGAGAGGUGGUGAUAAUUGUGCCGUUAUGUUCCAUGGAGGUUGGUGGUAUACAAACUGUCAUGAAUCCCAUUUAAAUGGUUUGUACUUGGGAGGUGCUGGCUCAGAGUUUGGCAAAGGUAUCACUUGGUAUAGAUGUUGGGGACAACGAUAUUCGUUAAAAGACGUUGUCAUGAAAAUACGUAGAAACGUAUGA